CUCGCAGUCAUGGGUUGCUGUCACGUGAGUAAACACGGAAGUGUCUACCAGUCCAUAAUAAGAAAGGGGAACCAAAUGACACCAUGGUAUGCUGUUUUCUCAUCCACACCGUGUGUUCGGUGAACGCCCUAUCUGCCGGUAGCUCCCGCGUGCUCUACUCCCGCGUGUUUGGGCCAGAGGACAACCCAGAGACCGACCCGGAGAGGAGACGCCUCCUUCAGAAGGAGAGACUCCUCCACUUGGCCCGACGCGUGCGGACUGCGGUGGGUUUGUGCCAUGACGCGGCGGGCAGUGCGUGCGUGGAGUGUGUGUUGGGCGAGGAGGCAGUGGCGUUGGGCGAGGCCGAGUUUGGCGUCCUGCGUCUCAGCGCCGGGGAACCGUUCCCUGUGGAACGGACUGUUCUGUGGCUGGGGGUGCAGAACCUGGCCUUCAGUCUGGUCUGUGACGUGCACGAGAACCUGCUGCUAGCUGAGGGAACCUUGCGGAACCUCGCUCGGCACUGCAUGGAGGAGUUACGGCUUCUGGGACCGGGCAGUGAGAUCCUGUUGAAAAGUGACCGCAUCGACGCCCUGCUCCACCGCUACCUUCCUCAUGGGCAGCUCCUCUUCCUCAACCACCGGUUCACUCACCUUCUGGACAAAGAGCUGAGCGCCUACGGCAGCAAAUGAGCCCAGUGGUCACCUCCACCCGACUGCUCCAUGUGACACUGAACUCCAGGGCCCACUCUGACCCGAGCCGUGCCGACAGCGACAGAGGCAGGCUGAAUCUCGCUGGUGGUUUCUUGGUGUUUUAUGCCCCCAACGUUGUCUUCAAGGCAGCGCUGCCUGGAAGGCACUAGGGUUAGGCAUGGGUUAGGGUUGGGGUUAGGUUUAGGAUUAGGUGCCUUUAAGUCAGCGAUGGCAGCGCUGCCUGGAAGACGACGUUGGGGGCAUAAAACACCAUCGAGCCUCAGUGGUGGUCUUCAUGGUGAUUGUGAAGUUAAUGUCAGAAUGGGUGGGU